AUGGAGAACGCUGUGGACUCCCAAGAGCAGGACAUCUCCCUCGAAACACCCCCUGAUGACGUUUUCAUGGCCCCCUCGAUUGACAGGGUUAAUAUCGCCAAGGGAGAUUCAUAUUCUUAUAUCUCUCCUGUCCCCAAGAUGCUCAAGGACGACAUGUCGAUUGAGUGUGUUUUGGGCGUUGACGAAGCUGGCAGAGGUCCUGUACUCGGUCCCAUGGUCUACGGCCUUUACUACCUACCUCUGUCAAUGCACCGCACACUGCUCGCCGACACUCAUCACUUUGACGACUCCAAGGUCCUCUCGCCAGCUGUACGUUCAUCCCUAAUGCAGGCCAUCUGUACCCCCGGAUCCGAACUGUACGAAUCCUCUGGAUGGGCUACUCGUGUCAUGUCAGCCAAAGACAUUUCUUCUGCCCAGAUGAGACCCACGGCUACAUACAACCUCAACGCUCAAGCCAUGGAUGCCACCAUCGACCUCAUCCAUGCCGUCUUCGCACAGGGUGUCAAUCUGAAAGAGAUAUACAUCGAUACAAUUGGCCAACCCGCCGCAUACCAGAAAAAGCUCGAACGCAUCUUCCCUACAGUCAGCAUCACCGUCGCAAAGAAGGCCGACUCGCUGUACCCUUGUGUCUCAGCCGCCAGUGUCUGCGCCAAAGUCACAAGAGAUGCCGCUCUUGAUGUCUGCUAUCAAGUCUUCAAGGAUGCUGUUGCUGGUCAAAAGGACGUGCCUGAACAGCCCGCCGAAGGUUGGGGUUCUGGUUAUCCGAGUGAUGCUCGCUGCUCGACUUGGCUAAAGAAGAACAUGGACCCUCUAUUUGGCUGGGGCAACGAGUGUCGGUUCAGUUGGUCAACUGCCAAAGACUUGCUUGAUGUCAAGCCUGCUGCAAAGGUCAAUUGGCCUGUCGCAGAAGAUGAAGACUCGACAAAGCUGACUAAUUUCUUCAUGUACUCUGCCGAAGAGCAUGCACAGGGAGAGGAUCAACUCUCCACGUGGUAUGGCAGACGUGUCACCGAAGAGAUAUUCUAA